AGCAUUUGUCACUCAACCUCUGAAGGUUAGUGGCACUGCUGGGACAGGAAAGGACUGUGCUGGCCCGAAUGGCAGGCAUCUCAUAUGUGACAUCUUUCUUUCUCUUUCUGACUGAGCUCAGCCUUGGCCAGAGAGAAGUAACAGUUCAGAAAGGACCACUGUUUAGAGCUGAAGGUUACCCAGUCAGCAUUGGCUGCAAUGUGACUGGCCACCAGGGACCUUAUGAGCAGCAUUUCCAGUGGUCUGUUUACCUGCCGACAAACCCGACCCAGGAAGUCCAGAUCAUUAGCACCAAGGAUACUGGCUUCUCUUACGCACUAUAUACGCAGCGCGUGCGAAGUGGCGACAUCUACGUGGAGAGGGUCCAGGGCAACUCAGUCUUGUUGCACAUCUCAAAGCUCCAGAUGAAGGAUGCUGGCGAGUAUGAGUGUCACACACCGAACACUGAUGAGAAAUACUACGGGAGUUACAGUGCAAAGACUAAUCUAAUUGUUAUUCCAGAUACCCUCUCUGCCACCAUGAGUUCUCAGACUCUCAGUAAAGAAGAAGGUGAGCCAUUAACCCUUACAUGUGAGGCAUCCAAAGCCACAACCCAACAUACACACCUCUCUGUCACCUGGUACCUGAUGCAGGAUGGAGGAGGAAGCCAAGCCACGGAGAUUAUUUCUCUCUCCAGAGAUUUUAUAUUGGUCCCUGGACCCUUGUAUACAGAGAGGUUUGCAGCCAGUGACGUACGGCUCAACAAGCUGGGGUCCUCUAUGUUCAGAAUGUCCAUAGAGAGGCUCCGGCCCUCGGAUCAGGGCCAGCUGUUCUGUGAGGCAACAGAAUGGAUUCAGGAUCCAGAUGAAACCUGGAUGUCGAUCACAAAAAAGCAGACAGAUCAAACCACUCUGACGAUCCAGCCAGCAGUGAAAGAUUUUCAAGUCAACAUUACAGCUGACAGCUUGUUUGCUGAAGGGAAACCCUUAGAACUGGUUUGCCUGGUUGUAGGCAGUGGCCGUGACCCACAGCUUCAAGGCAUGUGGUUCUUCAAUGGGACUGAAAUUGCUCACAUUGAUGCUGGUGGAGUCCUGGGCCUGAAGAAUGACUAUAAAGGAAGAGCAAGUCAAGGACAGCUCCAGGUUUCAAAGUUAGGCCCCAAGGCUUUCUCUCUCAAGAUCUUCUCUCUGGGCCCAGAGGAUGAAGGCACCUACAGAUGUGCGGUAGCAGAGGUCAUGAGAACACGCACAGGUUCCUGGCAGGUGCUUCAGAGAAAGCAGUCACCAGACAGCCACGUGCACCUGAAGAAGCCAGCAGCAAGAAGCGUGGUCACGUCUACCAAGAACAAGCAGCAAGUUGUAUGGGAAGGAGAGUCGCUCACCCUUCUCUGCAAGGCCAGUGGAGCUGAAAGUUCCCUGUCUGUGAGCUGGUGGCACAUCCCACAGGACCAGACACAGCCCGAGUUCGUGGCUGGCAUGGGGCAGGAUGGCAUCGUGCAGCUGGGCGCCUCCUAUGGGGGACCCAGUUACCAUGGCAACACAAGGCUGGAGAAAGUAGACUGGGCCACCUUCCAGCUGGAGAUCACCUUCCCUGCCAUCACAGACAGUGGCACUUAUGAAUGUAGAGUAUCUGAAAAGUCUCGGAACCAGGCCAGAGAUCGGAGCUGGGCUCAGAAGAUUUCAGUUACUGUCAAGUCUCUGGAGUCAAGUUUACAAGUUAGUCUGGUGAGCCGUCAGCCGCAAGUGAUGUUAACCAACACCUUCGACCUGACCUGCGUAGUGAGGGCCGGUUACGCUGACCUCAAGGUGCCACUCACUGUGACGUGGCAGUUCCGGCCAGCUAGCUCUCACAACUUCCACUGGCUUAUUCGAAUCACCCACAAUGGCACUAUUGAAUGGGGGGAUUUCCCAUCCCGGUUCCAUAAGAAGACGAAAGUUUCACAGUCUUUAUUUCGUUCACAACUCCUAAUCCGUGAUGCCACUGAGGAAGAGACAGGAGUGUAUCAGUGUAAAGUGGAAGUUUAUGACAGAAAUUCCCUACACAGCAGCCGCCCCCCAAGGGCUUCUGCCAUCUCUAACCCACUGAGGAUAGCCGUCACUUUACCAGAGAGCAAGCUAAAAGUGAAUUCAAGGAGUCAAGUCCAAGAGCUCGCCAUCAACUCCAAUACCGAUAUAGAAUGUAGCAUCUUGUCCCGGUCCAGCGGAAACCUUCAGUUAGCCAUCAUUUGGUAUUUUUCUCCUAUUUCCACUAAUGCCUCCUGGCUAAAGAUCCUGGAGAUGGACCAAACCAAUGUUAUAAAGACGGGGGAUGCAUUUCACACCCCACGAAGAAAACAAAAAUUUCAUACUGAGAAGGUUUCCCAAGACUUAUUUCAGCUGCACAUUCUGAAUGUGGAAGAUAGUGAUCAGGGCAGAUACCACUGUGCUGUGGAGGAGUGGCUCCUGUCUACAAAUGGCACUUGGCACAAGCUGGGGGAAAAGAAGUCAGGACUAACAGAAUUGAAACUCAAGCCCACAGGAAGUAAGGUACGUGUCUCCAAAGUGCACUGGACCAAAAAUGUGACCGAGCACGGCGCGGCGGCCAUCCACUGCAGCCUGGAGAGCACGGGCAGCUUGGCUGCUCUGUACUCUGUGAUGUGGUACUGGAACAGAGAGAACGCUGGAAGUAAAAUGCUGGUGCACUUGCAGCAUGAUGGCUUGCUGGAGUAUGGGGAAGAGGGGCUCAGGAGGCAUCUGCACUGCUACCGUUCCUCCCCUACAGACUUUGUCCUGGAGCUUCAGCAGGUGGCGAUGGAGGAUGCAGGAACGUACUGGUGUAGGGUGGCAGAGUGGCAGCUCCAUGGACACCCAAGCAAGUGGGUUAACCAAGCAUCUGAUGAGUCACAGCAGACGGUGCUCAUGGUGCUGCCUUCAGAGCCCACGCUUCCUUCCAGGAUCUGCUCCUCAGCCCCUUUACUCUAUUUCCUGUUCAUCUGCCCCUUGGUCCUGCUCCUGCUUCUGCUCAUCUCCCUCCUCUGCUUAUACUGGAAGGCCAGGCAGUUGUCAACGCUGCGUUCCAACACACGGAAAGAAAAGGCUCUCUGGGUGGACUUGAAGGAGGCUGGAGGUGUGACCACAAACAGGAGGGAAGACGAGGAAGAAGAUGAAGGCAACUGAAUCCCGAGAGGCACCUGCAGCCGGGAAGGAAAGCCUGUUUUGCAGCUUCCUGCCCUGCUGCCUGUUUCUUCCCAAGUCCCACGUGGAAUGCGGUGACCUCGUCAGCUGGAACCAGCUCCUGACAGACCCCCGGCAACUUCUAGAUGAACUCGAGUGAACUUUCCUCAUUACCAGGUUGAAGUAACUACCCCGGGAGGAACUAUAGCUUCAUGACCGGAACGUGUGAGCUGUGUGGUGGCAUGACAACUCUCUGCAGCUGCGCCACUCGGACCCCUCCCCUAUAUGCACUCUCUCCCCUGUCCAUCACCCCGUAAAACCCUCCUGUCACUUUCUUUCAGAGACACCACUUUGGAGAAUAUUCUCAGUGCUCUCCUUGCUUGUGACAAGUAAAAAAACUUCUAUUGAUCAAAACCCA